UUUCUCUGUCCUAAAAAAAAACUGAAAAACAAACCCCACUUUGCUCCUUUCACCUCUUUUCUCUCGUCUUUGUAUUCUUCUUUCUCGCUCUUCUCUGCUCUGAGCUUCUUCCUUUCUCUCUCUCUCUCUCUGUGAGGGUCUCAAUGGGAAAGUACAUGAAGAAAGCCAAACCCAAAGGCGAAGUCUCGCUAUUAGACACCACAACCUCUUACUUCGGUGUUCGAACCCGCGCCAAAACCCUAGCCCUCCAGAAAUCCCAGUCGCCGGAGCUUUCUUCCGCUUCCGCCGCCGCCGGCAGCUACCUCCAGCUCCGAAGUCGCCGCCUCCACAAGCCUCCCAUUUCGAUUCCAUCCAAUGAUUCCUCCAAUUCUUCAAAGCGUCCAAGGAACAACCAGAACCCUAAGUCACCGCUACCGAACCCUAGCUCUGGUCACAGGCUCGGGAUCAGGUCCGAAGCUGAGGAAGGCCCGAAGGAGGAGGAGGAGAAGGAGAAAGGGGUCGUGCAUGAUAAUGUUGACGAAGGUGCUGGUGCUGGUGCUGCUGAAGAAGCGUCGUUUGGGGAAAAUGUGUUGGAUUUUGAAGGUAGAGAGAGAAACACUAGGGAAUCAACACCAUGCAGUUUGAUAAGGGACCCAGACAUUAUUCGGACCCCAGGUUCAACUACCAGACCUACUUGCUCAACUGAAGCUUUUCGAAGAGCUGAGAAUGCAGCUAGAAGGCAAAUUCCAACGGCACAUGAAAUGGAUGAAUUCUUUGCUGAAAUCGAACAGGCUCAGCAAAGGCAGUUCAUGGAGAAGUACAACUUCGAUCCUGUGAAUGAGAAGCCACUCCCCGGGCGUUAUGAAUGGGAAAAAUUGGAAUCUGGCAAGGCCAGCAUUAAUGUUCCAUCAAGACAUCCUUAACGUAGCAGGGUUAGACAUAGCCAAAAACGGUGGUGGUGUUAUUUCCAUUUUCCAUCACCUUCUAUUUACUUGUAAAGAAAGUAGGACUUUCAAGCUGUGUAGACUAAUGGUCUGUAACCUUACAGAGGUGAUGAUGAUUACAUAACAAUACAAAUCAAAGUCCUUUGUCUAACAGAUCAUUGAAGAUGAAGGGGGAAAGGGAAGGGGCUGUAGGGUGUAGGAUUAGAGACAAGUGAAAAAAAAAAAAAAGAGGUCAGUAUGAGGUACAGGAAUUCACUUAGGUCUUCUUUGUUUUUGUAUUUUACUCUUUCUUUGUCUAUACUUGUACUGAUGGACCUUGAACAAACUCUUAGAAAAUAAAGACCCAAAUUUCCCCGUCUAAACUUUUGACACUUCCUUUGUCAUCUGUGUUUCUGCUAUAUUAAAAAUUGGAUGUGUCCCGGUAUGUCACUGAAUGAUUUAUUUGUUUAAGAUGGUGGUAGCUUUUUCUGUGGCGUGUAGCUGCAUUGCUGAAACCUGAUGGUCUUUUUUGGCGUCCUAUAGUGGUGGGACAUUGCAAACAGUGCAACUUUUUGUCUUCUCUGUUAUCAUGUCUCCACAAAACGACUCUGUAAAUUUUGAUAACCCUGACAUUGCGGGACACCAUUGCAAAUUGGAAAUGGAUGCUUUCUCAUUUUGAGUCUGAUGCCACAAAAUUUCUCACCCUGGCUGUGUAGUUGCAGCAGUAGGUCAAGUUAUUUUGUGGCCUAUAUUAAGUGUGAACUGUGAGUGUACAUUUCUGU